AUGGCCAACAACGAACUUCCGAUCGAGAAUGUUUUUGCUGAUGAACCAGAAGCAGAUGAAGACUUUGCAUCUGCAAUCAUUCAUCCGAGGGUGACUGCUACUACUAUCAAGUUUGAUAAUUCCCUCUAUCAUAUGCUCAAACAAGAGGGAUACUUUCGGAAUGCAGUCGAUGAUGACCCUCACCAACAUAUAACAAACUUUCUGGAUGUGUGCUCUCAGCAUAUCCAACGGGGUGUGACUCAAGAAGCGAUUCGGCUGAAACUCUUCAAAUAUUCGUUAGCCGGAGAAGCAAGAAAAUGGUUCACAAAGCUGCCCCGAAACUCUAUUGCUACAUGGGAAGAGAUGGUCAAAGUGUUUCUCAGGAAGUGGUAUCCCCCGAGUAAAAGAGCUGAGAUUCGUGAUCAAAUUUACGAGUUCAAACAACGUCAUGGGGAGCAACUUUUUGAAGCUUGGGAGAGGUACAAAGAAUAUUUGGAUAGGAGUCCGAACCAUGGUUUUCCGAAACAAAUUUUAAAGGAGAAGUUCUCCAGAGGGUUGGAUCCUAUGACCCAAGCGAUAGCCAAUAAUGCUGCCAGUGGGUGUUUCAUGAAUAAGUCCUAUGCUACUAUUACUGAUAUACUUAAUCGAUUGACUACACAUAGCCAAGCAUGGCAUUCAAGUAAUUCUGAUGGGCUAUCACUUGGAACACCGUUGAUUCAAAAUAUUGUGAAAGAUAGCCAGGAAACGCAGCAGACAUUGGCACAAUUGGCCACUAGUCUCUCUUUACUGACAAAGAGGCUUGAUGAGAGAGAAGCGAAGAAGGUGAACGUUUGUGAAGAUAUCUCAGAUUACAUAGCGAAGGGGGAUAUUCCCGGGCCAAUUCAGAGAUACUGGCGACCCCAACAAGGGCAGGGGUCAUACAAUCAAGGGAACUAUAACAACAACCAAGGGAACUACAACAACAACUAUGGUGGACCGAACCAAGGGAGAUACAACAACAACAACGAAAAUUUUGGGAACAGAAGUUCCAACCCUUAUAUUCCACCAAAAGGGCAAUCUAAUGAUCAAGGUAGUUCGAGGUUGGAGUCAAUGCUUGAGAAAGUGUUGGCAAGUCAGACAAACACUGAAAAGACAUUAUCUGGGCUAUCAGAGACGGUGGUCUCUCAUUCAGCAGCUAUUCAGAAUCUUGAACAGCAGAUGCGUGAUCUUUCUAGAGAACAGCAUCCUGCUAGAAAAGGAGGGCUUCCUAGUGAUACUAUUCCAAACCCGAAGAAUGGUGGGGGAGUGGAACGUACUUUUGCUAUUAGCACGAGGAGUGGUAAAAUACUUCAAGGUGCUGACAAGAAAGUGGUUGAUCUAGAUCCUAUUAUUGAGGAAGAAGAGGUGCAUUCUGAAGUGCCUAUUAUUGAUGAGGAAGUCCGUGGUGAAGAAAAAGUUGCUGAUAUUCCAGAAGUUGCUGCUGAUAUAGGGAAACACACGAUAAAAGGGGCUCUUCGCCCUUUGACUCGUAUGUACAAAGCAAAGCCUCCCUUUCCUCGCAGAUGCUGUCAAAGAGAUGCCCGAUUUGCUAAGUUUGUGAAAGACCUGCUUACAAAGAAAAGGUCUGUUCAACAUGAGACAGUGAAUUUAACUCAUCGUGUGAGUUCAAUUAUUGCUUCCACCACAGUUUAG